UAAACAAGAUGGGGUGACUAAUCUUCAAGCUGACAUUGUUGAGGGGUUAAAAGCCAUGCUUGAUGAGCACAAUGAGCUUGUGAAGUCCUUUCGAAUGGCCAGGGAUAGACUUCAACAAUCUGGUUCUGUAGAUGUCAGAGUUCGUCUAAUUGGAAGAAGAUAUAAUGAUGCUAGACGAUAUAACCUUCCUACAAGUUCAGAAGUAGCUGCAUUGGUAGUAGGUGAUUUCGAUCAAGCUUUGGGUGAUAGGGACAUACUGGUAGAAACAAAAAGUGGUCUUCUACAAAGGAUAAACGAGCUUAAUGCGUCUUAUUUGGCAUUACAAUAUCCCCUUUUACUUCCAUAUGGAGAGGAUGGAUAUAGGGAAGACAUUCCUUUUACGGAUAUAAAACCCGUUGUUGAGGAUGGUCGAAAGACUGUUAGUGUUCGGGAGUAUUUUGCAUAUAGGAUUCAUGAUAGGGGUCAUGAGCCAUCAACAAUACUAUCAGCUCGACGAUUGUUUCAGCAGUUUGUUGUUGAUGCUUACACCAUGGUAGAAUCUUCGAGGUUGAGAUACAUACGUUUCAACCAAAACCGACUUCGUUGUGAUCUUUAUAAUGGACUUGCAUAUGCAGUUCUUCGUGGUGACACCGAUCCCAGUUCUCGAGGCAAGCGUAUAAUACUUCCUUCCACAUUCACUGGAGGUGCUAGAAAUAUGAUUCAGAACUACCAAGAUGCAAUGGCGAUUUGCAGGUGGGCUGGGUAUCCAGAUCUUUUUAUAACAUUCACAUGCAACCCAAAGUGGCCGGAGAUUGUUAGACAUUUAGAGCCUAAAAAUUUGCGCCCUGAGGAUCGACCGGAUAUUGUGUGCAGAGUCUUCAGAGCUAAGCUUAAGGAGAUGAUAAGGGAUUUUCGUCAAAACCAAAUUUUUGGCAAGGUUAUAGCAGUUAUUUAUACAAUUGAAUUUCAAAAACGUGGACUCCCGCAUGCCCAUAUACUGUUGUUCCUAUCUAGAGAAAGUAAGUUUCCAAAUCCUUCUGAUAUAGACAGGGUAAUAUCUGCUGAGAUACCUGAUGAGGAAUCCGAUCCUUUCUAUUAUGAGGCUGUGAAGGAGCAUAUGAUUCAUGGACCAUGUGGCUUGGCUAAGAAAGACUCGCCGUGUAUGGUGGAUGAUGUCUGCACUAAAAAAUUUCCAAAGAAGUUUGUUGAAUCAACGACCGUUGACGAAGAUGGGUAUCCACGUUACCGUCGUCGAGAUGAUGGCAGACAUAUUGAGAAAAGUGGUGUUAUUGUCCACAAUGGAUAUGUCGUUCCUCACAAUCGCCGUCUGUUGAUGAAAUAUGGAGCGCACAUAAAUGUCGAGUGGUGCAAUCAAUCGCGUUCGAUAAAAUACCUGUUCAAGUAUGUGAACAAAGGGAAUGAUCGUGUUACUGCCUCUUUCUAUAAGACGUCUGGAGAUGAAGGUUCUGAUAAACCUGUGGAUGAAAUAUCCAUGUAUUAUGAUUGUCGUUAUGUGUCAUCUUGUGAGGCAGCAUGGAGGUUAUUGGGGUUUGAAUUGCAGUACAAGAAACCUCCUGUUCAGCGGUUGAGCUUCCAUCUAAAAGACCAGCAAUCGAUUGUUUUUGAUGAUGACGAUUGUAUCGACGAUGUUCUCAAGAAACCCACUGUGCACGAGAGCCAAUUUCUUGCAUGGAUGGAGGCAAAUAAGAUAUAUCCAGAGGCAAGAGAACUAACCUACGUUGAAGCACCGUCAAAGUUCGUUUGGAAUGCCAAGACCCGACAAUGGACUCCUCGAAUAAAAGAUGGUAGUAUAGGUCGUCUACACUAUGUUCCUCCUCAUUGUGGCGACAACUACUAUUUGAGGUGUCUCCUCAAUGUUGUUCGUGGUGCUACUUGCUAUGAGGACUACAUGAAGGUUGGUGAUGUGCAGUAUUUGACAUAUCGUGACGCAUGUUAUGCCCGAGGUUUAUUGGGGGAUGAUCGAGAGUACGUGGAUGGAAUAACAGAAGCAAGUCAAUGGGCGUCGGCUGACUCUCUUAGACGAAUGUUUGUAUCUCUGAUGGUGUCCGGUUCGUUGGGUAGACCUGAGGAAGUGUGGGAUAAAUGUUGGAAGUUUUUAUCUGAUGACAUUCUUUACCGACAACGACGUCUAUUCAAACACGAUG